UUCACUUUUACUUAUGGCUUAAUUGGAGUACUGUACCUUUAAAAACGAGCUGUUCCCUGUUUUCAGUCCCUACUAACGACCGUCCGGUGGCCACGUACGGCUCCGUGCUCCAACGGUUAUCCCACGCGCAUUUUUAACGUCGUGCGGAGGAUAAAGUUUUGAAUGAAGCCUCCCCGCUGGGACUGUAACGCGGGAGGAGGAGGGGGCAGUUCGCGGGGUCGCCCAGGCUAUCAGAUCUGGGAUCUGCUCACAUUUAUAGCCAGACAGACGGCUGCUUGUUCGGGGCAGAGCUGAGCUGGACAGACGGGAUUUUUCACCGAGGCGGACGCUGACUUUUUAUCUUUUAACUUCUCUUUGUCGGACACUUGAAGAGACGGGAAAGUUUUGGAGUAAGAGAAAAGUUUCGCUCAGGGUCUGGACCUGUCGCCUGUCAAUACUUCAAGCUCCUGGACUGUAAGCUAAUUAUUCACCCUGGAAAUAUCACUAUUUUACAGACUUUUUCGGCUUUAGCCUUUUAAGAGAAGUACUUCUAACUCAGUUUUACUGAAGCAGGCAAACAGAGAAGUGUCAUUAUGGAUAAAUACGAGGAUUUGGGACUCGAGGCGAGUAAGUUUAUCGAGGAUUUAAACAUGUAUGAAGCAUCCAGAGAUGGUUUAUUUCGAACGAGAAGGGAUGCAGGAAAUAACCCCGACUUUGAAGAAACGAGAAGAGUUUUUGCUUCCAAAAUGACAAAAAUACACAUGCAGAAGCACCAAGAGGAGAUGGCAAGAAACAACCAGGCUAUUAAAAUGAAUGGGGGUUACAACAGCAACUAUUACACCAAAGACAGACCGCCUAUCAAUAGUUACAGACAGCCGGGUGAAGCGGCAGCUAAGCCCCCGAUACUCUCUGGCCCUGUGCCGGGCACCACGGCUGGGAAUCAGUACGCUCAGUUUGACGGUCAAAAACACCUCACAGGCAUUCUGUCUGAACCUCCAGCCAGCAGGGCGUAUGGCUACGGAAACAAUUACGAUAAUAAGGAGCGUUUAGAGCCACAUUCAUACCAGCACAGCAGCCCUACUCCACACAGCCCUGGAAGCCCUUCUCAUCACCUUUCUCCAAGUUUGUCUGGGUCUGGGAGCAGCAUUUCACCUCAGCCUCAAAGACAGCUUCCUUCUCCCUCCACCAACAGUCUUCCACACCAGCAGAAUCAGACUGUCACCCAGUCUGUGAACCGGAGUACACCCUCUGCUACAGGUCAGGCCAGAGGAUGGUCUGCAGACACAUCUGGCUCAGCAAAACCAGAUCUCAUCCCUGCCCUACCCCUGAGUGCCUUCACUGGAGGAGCUGACCUCCACAAGCAGCAGCAGCAGCAGCCCUCCACACAGUCUGCUCCCUACUACACGCCACCUUCUCUAACUUCUAAAGCUUCCACCAGCCAUAACGGUCCUGCUCCAGCUCCCUCACCCCUACCCGCAGCUUCUGACACACCUCAACCCAAAGCACAGGUGACAUCUCCUGCCUUUAGUCCAGGAAAUGACUCAAAAAGCAGCAGCAAAGUACAAGGGCAGAGCCAAGUACCAGGCUUUGGACAGGCCACCAGUGCUACAGCUGAGGUCCCUAACAGCUCUAAGCCUGUCCAGCUCCCUUCCCAGUCUCCCCUGUCGUCAGAGCAAGGGCCUUCAGCGGCUGAAGUUAAACUGGAGGCUCUCACUAAGCGGCUGGAGAAGGAGAUGGAUACCCAACCAAAGGCGGACUACUUUGGAGUCUGUGUGAAGUGCAACAAGUCAGUAUAUGGAGCCAGCCAGGCCUGCCAGGCUAUGGGCAGCCUCUACCAUGACUCCUGCUUCACCUGCAGCGCCUGUAGUCGAAGGCUGAGAGGGAAGGCAUUCUACUAUGUUGGAGGAAAGGUUUUCUGUGAAGAGGACUUUCUGUACUCCGGUUUCCAGCAGUCUGCAGACAAGUGCAACGCAUGUGGACAUUUGAUCAUGGACAUGAUCCUGCAGGCCCUCGGGAAGUCGUACCAUCCUGGCUGUUUCCGCUGUGUCAUCUGUAAUGAGAGCCUUGAUGGAGUGCCCUUCACAGUGGACACUGAAAAUAAAAUCUACUGUCUCAAAGACUACCACAGGGUCCUGGCCCCUAAAUGUGCAGCCUGUAACCAGCCCAUCCUGCCCUCUGAGGGCUCUGAUGAAACCAUUCGAGUUGUGUCCAUGGACAAAGACUAUCAUGUGGAGUGCUAUCACUGUGAGGAAUGUAAGAUGGAGUUAAAUGACGAGGAGGGUCACCGCUGCUACCCUCUGAACGGCCACCUCCUCUGCCACUCUUGCCAUCUGAAGAAUAUCGAGUCAGGCUGCUCCUCAUCUAUCUCCUCCUCGUCUUUCUGAUCCUUGCAGUGGAUGGAUGGACAGAGACACCUGGUGGAUUUAUGGAGGAACUGCCAAAGAGUGAUUGACAGCAUGAGUGGAUAGUUACAAUUCUUGUUGUAGAGGAUUGAUUACUGCAAUGCAUCAGAUCUUGCUGUGGUUUGAUGUGUACUUUUAAAGAUGUGUUACUGAAGUUUUAAUAUACUUUUUUUGUCUUUAUGAAGUCUGUAAUACACCAAAGCCCUUCUUUGAAUGCAUUGACCGUAACGUAUAUAUUUUACAAAAGGGUUGCCAUAUAAUUUUUUUCAAAUGUAAAUAUCACUUUUGUUCAUUUACAUUUUUCUGAUAGUCAACUCAUUUCAGGUACAGGGUACUUUUUAAGCUAAUGUUCCCUGUUCUGCAGUUAAAAUGAACCUUGAAACUUUAUGUCCAAAGCUUCUGAUAGGAAUAUAAAUCAACUUUAGAAAGUGACACACAUCAAGCUACCUGAUGUUUUGAUGUCAUUUUUAUAUAAUGUAAUACUCUGAAACAUGUAAGCUGUAGAUGUCCAUAUUGUUUUCUGGAUGCAGAUUGUGCCCCAAAAUGUAAUAUGAAAGAUCUGUGAAUACUGGGAUAUACCGUAAUAAUGUUCGGGAUUAGUUUAAACAUCAUUAAAAAGCUCAAAAUUGCUUCAUUUUCCAAACUAUUAAUGAAGGAAAAGUAGAUCCAUUGUUUUUCAUUUUCAUUUUAAAGAUUCCUGUAUGCAAUGAUAUAAAAAUAUUUCUGAACACAGUCAUUCCAAAAAAUAAAAAAUAGUGCCUUUAUCGUGGAGGUCGAAUAUGCCUUUGUACCCGUAAGGUUUAACAGUCAAACCAUGAAGUCUUUCUCGUCAUGUCUGAGCAAGUACAUUCAGGAGUUGUUUAGCAAUAGACAGCCAUCAUUCGUCACGUGGUUUGCUGUCAGCACAAAGAGAACUAUGAGCUCUCUAUGCAUCCAUGAGGAUUGAUAUAAGGCCUGUGGUUUUAUGUAUGUUAUAUUUUCAAAGAUAGUUUUUUUUUUCCAAAAGAAAAAAAAUACAUGUAUUAGUGACCUGUACUCCUUUAUCUUUUGCUUCAUUUUGACUGAGCAAAACCCCUCGUACUUAUUUGUUGUGCAGUGAUGAACACAGUUUUGGUUGCCUACUUUGCCAUACAUAUUAUUCAUGUGUUGGAUUUACUAAUGUAGUACUAAAGUUGCUUUUCUUAUUUGAAGUCAAGUCUCAUAGCCAAAUAUAGAUUAAUAUGAAGAAUAAAAAUGCGUUUGUGCUAUUUGAUUAUUGUGAAAAAUAUUUAAUAAAUAUAUUACAU